AUGCCACUGAAUUAUUCCAAGUGGGACCAGCUCGAACUUUCAGAUGAUUCUGAUAUCGAAGGCCAUCCCAAUGUCGACAAGAAAUCUUUGAUUCGCUGGAAACAACAAGACAUACAUGAAAAGCGAGAGCAGCGAAAACAAAAGAUUGCACAUCUCCAGGCCCAGAUUGCUUGCAACAAAGUGCUUUACCCUCGUAUCCAGGACAUCUACACCCGUCUUUCCUCUACUUCCGAGUCUACUUCGCCUACUGUGUACUUCAACUCAUUGUAUGAGCAACUGGGGAAGAACCCGUCUAAAGAUUGUCCUCCCGGGAACGAUCCCAACAAGCUCGAGCACACAUACGAUGGGAUGCUGUUGUCGCUUCUACAGCAGGUCAGUACUCAGGCGAAAGACAAGAUCAAAGACGCUUCGGUACUGGAAAGUGAGAAGGACGAGAAGUUGACGAAGGCGCUUGUAGAUGGGAUGAAGUUUCAUGUCGAUCAACUUGGAAAUACGAUUCAGAAAGACGAAGCAGAGCUCGCAGCUGAGUUGAAGGAACAGAAAAAACACAUCACUAGUGACGAUCUGCAUGAUGGAUUUUCAAGCAAGUACAUACCUCCCAAACCGGAGCCUGCCCCAGUACCUCUCAAGAAGAUCGAAAAACCAAAAACCACUACUUCCACCACGGUCGAGUUCGAAACGCUCAACCCGGAAGCGUCUGGCUCCAAACUACCUUCAUCCAGCGUUCUGACCGAAGAUGAUGAUGCUCUUCCUGAGCUAACUCCCACUCUCGCAGAGUUCUCCAAAAUCCCAUACCGGGGGUUCGAAAAGUCGUUCGAAUUCAUCCAGAAACAUCGCGAUGUUAUCGUUCAAGGUGCCUCAGACGCUUUACUUGUCGCCGCGUUCACAGCUGAGGGCGAAGGGAAGAAGAAGCUCGCGAAGCAAUGCGUCCAUCAAAGUCUGCUCCUCCAAUAUUGCGAAAAGCUCGGUGGGGAUGGUGUUCGCGUGUUCUUCCAAAAGAUGAUCUCAGGCGAUAAACGCGCCGAAAAGGUUUUCUUGGACGAUGUUGAAAGCACAUAUAAUCAUCUUCGCGGACGAGUCGAAGCAUCGAAACAAGAGGAGCUCGCAGGAAAGGAACAAAUCCAGCUCGUCCCCGAAUCACCAGACCAGACUAUCGGCUUUAAUGUUCCGGAAGGUCCUCCCCCGGAAAAGCUUGUCCUGGAAGGUCCCGGAACGGAAGAUAUGGAUAUCGAGGAAGUGAAAAAAGCGCUGCAGCUCCGUUGGGACGUGUUCACUUCUUUCCCGGAACAUCUUCAGAAGGCCUUGCAGGAAGGCAGUCUGGAGGGCGUCAAUAAGGUGUUGGGUGACAUGGAUGUUGCGGAAGCGGAGGAUGUGGUGCAGAAAUUGGAUAUUGCGGGUAUCUUGAGCUUUGCGGAGGGUGGGAUUAGGGAUGAGACUGGAAAAGCGUGA